AUGCAUAUCAAACCUGAUGAAUUUGAAAAGAAGUGGGAUUUGAUUAUUAAUGAAUUCAAUCUGGAAGAUAAAAGAUGGUUCAAUGAUACGUUUGAAUUACGUGACAAAUGGAUACCUGCAUACUUCAGUGACACAAUAAUGUCUGGAUUGAUGAAAACCACUUCAAGAUCAGAAAGCAUGAAUUCCUUCUUCAACACUUACUCUCAAUCUGGAAAUUUACUUUUACAUUUCAUGAUGAACUAUGACACAACAAUUCAAAAACAAAUAAAUACACAACAAGAGCUUGAUCAUCAAACAAAGAAGGCGGUAUAUAAAUUUAUUUCACCACAACUAAUAGAAAAACAUGCUGCAAAAGUUUAUACAAGUACAAUGUUUUAUGAAGUACAGAAAGAAAUCUAUAAAGGUUCUUGGUACUACCAAUACGAACAUCUUGCAACAAAAAAUGAAUGGGAGUUAUACAAAGUGGAACAACUGAACAAAAACAGUGAUCUAAAAACAGAAUUUGAGGUAGAAAUAAAACUUCCAACAAAUGAUGUAAAAUGUACAUGUGAACACUUCAACCGCUUUAGGACUUUGUGCAGACAUGCAUUGAACAUACUCAUGAAACAUGGAAUUAAGGAGAUACCUGAACAGUACAUUGAGAAUUAUUGGAGAAAGGAUGUGAUAUCAAGGCAUUACAAUUUUGGUAGACAUGUAUAUGAUACAGAAAGCAUGCUAAAGGAAUAUGAAAACGAUCCUACAAAUGAAUUGCAGAAAAAUAAGACAGAUGUUGAAGAGGCGGGAAAGCUUAUGGGCAUAACUAUUCCAAAAGACAUUGACAUCAAUGUUCCAAAUGUUCAAAGCAAUAAAGGAUGUGGAAAGAAAAGUAAAAUUAAAAGUGCAGCAGAAAUAGCGUAUAAAAAUUCAAACAAGCAAACAAGAAGAUGCUCAGGAUAUGGAGAAAGGGCUCCUAAUAACUUGCGGACAUGUCCAAUCAAACUUGCAGCAGAACAAUCAUCAAAAGCUACAUAG